AUGCAUCUCAAGGCUAACCCAGGCUUCAAUAGCACGAUACCAAGUUACUUGGUACUGGACCUAAUUCUUCCAUCAUUUGUUCAUCUUGGCGGAAAUCCUCCGAUAAAACCAGAAAAGGUCAAGCGUGGGACCGGCGCCAUUCGAAAAAAGGCCACAGUGAUCGGCCCCGUUGGAGGAAAAACAGCACUGAUAAGAACUUUUGUUGAGAAGAAAUACCCCCCGGAAUCCUUCUUUCCAACGAUAUUUGAAAACUUUGUCGCCGAUUUGGACAUUGGUUGCACUCUAGAACUCGCUAUUUGGGAUACGCCCGGCGUUGAUGACUACAAAGGGCUGCGCCAACUCAGCUAUCCCGACACCGAUCUGUUCCUCCUCUGUUUUGAUAUCGCACGCUCGGACCUUCUCAGCGACAUCGAAGAUGUGAGUUCGCGGCAGUACAUACUGACAGGCGAGUCGCAGUGGAUACCAGAAGUACGUAAAGACUAUCCAAAGACGCCGAUGGUUCUUGUAGGCUGCCGGAAAGGUGUCCGCGAUUGCCGCCCAGGUUUCAACGUAUUGACUUCCGGAGGGGAUCCUGUCUCGUGGGCGACUGGCGAGGCAGUUGCUCGGAAGAUUGGGGCUGCCAUGUACAUGGAAUGUUCGGCAAAGACAGGCGAGGGUGUCGAGGCAGUGUUUAAUGAGCCGUUCAAGGUGAUGUUUCCAGAUAAGGUCAAGAAGAGUUGGCGGAGGAAGCUACUUUUGGGGGCGUAG